AUGGCUACCUUCACGCAACCCACCCGACCGAUUGACUUUAGACGAGAUAUAGAAGCUUUCAAUCUUUACCACAGCAAAUGCACUACCAAACCAAUCAGAGAGACCGUUGCGCAACCCCUAUACGCUCUCGAGAAUACCGAACCCAUCGUAGACCGCACCCGUACUGUUUACACAAAAUUCCGUAAUGCGAUGGUGGACUGGAAAACAAGGAUCGAUAGAAAGCACGACGCCGAUGCGAAUCGAUGGUACUUUCACAGGAUGAAGAUAGAGUUCAGGGCAGUAGAACACGAGCUCUACGGUGCUACUAGCAAUUUGGCGAGUGCCAGUGAAGGUGAUACGGACGACGCGACUUCCAAAGAAGAAAACCAUGACGAUGAGAGCACUGACGACGACGAAUCUGAAGUGGGCCAAGAAUUAGACGCAUCUGAUGUAGCCCAGUCUGAAAGACCGACUGAUUCCCGCGCAAAGAUAUCGACGCGUACCGACGAAGCGAGUGCCAUCGCUGUAGCAGAGAAAGCCCCAGGUAAACCUUUCACCAAGACCCAAAUGAAGCCGUCUGCGCGAACUACGCAUUCCACUCAACGGCGCAAGUCUGAAGACAUCGAGGUUCUUGGAGAACGAGAGAUACAAAAUAUGCACUACAGUGAAAGGAGGGGGAAAGGCAUUGAGUUCAGAGGAGGAACUGUCGACCCAGAGAAAGCGCAUCUAGAGAUUGGCAAAAGAGAACUAGCUGGUCAUGACGACGACGUUGUACUCAUCGAGCGGGAGAGUAAUGUACGAGGCGCGGCCUAG